UUUCUGAUGUGAUUGUUAAACUUAUUUAUUAUAAUUUAUCAACUCAUGGUUAUUGCAACUCAGAAAUUUAAUAUAUAUUGCUUUUGUUUCACUCACAUAUCAUUGUCUUGCUUUACUUCGAAUUCUUCUGUUGGUGUAUUGACGUUUCUAUUUUAGCUAAUUUGACCCUUUUAAAUGAAUAACUCCAUCGAAUUAAAUAUGUGAAACGUCUUCUGAUGAUUUGGCAUGUUGAUUGUGUCAACUUAUUUGAGAUAUGGUAGAAAUUUGUUGGCUGAUUUUUUAAUUUAAAUAAUCAUGUGGAAAAAGAGGUUGCUUGUUUGAUUAUAUUUUGGGGAGAGAAUUCUGAAUUCUUGUUAAGGUAGUUGGAGUUAUAGGGAGAGAUUGAAAUUUUGAUGGGGAAGCUUGGUUCUCCUAAAAGUCCACAUCCUCAUCCUGCUAAUGUUGAUUUCUUGUUCGGGAUGGGAGAUUGUCCAGCAAGAUGUUUUGAGACUACUACCAAUAGUGAUUAUUCUUCAGGUAGGAGGAUGUCCGGGGCUUAUCAUUAUUGGAGCAAGACUUUUUUGUUUGGUAGCUUAAAGGGUCAUAGUGCUAAUAAUAUUGUUGCAAAACAAGCAAAUGGUAAGGGUGCGUAUGGUGGAAAAAGGCAAAAUUGGUUCCAUAAGCAUUUAAGGUGGAUUAGUUUUGCUAUUGGGUUGACAGGUUUUUUGUUCUGGUUGGAUUCUUUCAUGUUUGUGGAGUUUGAUGCUAUGAAUUUUCGCAAAAGUUCCGUGUUAGAAGCAAGCAUGUGGAAGGAUAUUAGAGGUAUCUCUAACAAGAAAGAAAGCUUUUCAUUGCUUAUGUAUGGUCGUCUUCUGAAAUUGGCAUCUAGCUCUCCUGCACAGGAUGGACGUGAUUCAAUUAAUCCAUGGAAAGAACCUUCUUCACAAGCAUCACUGUGGAAACCUUGUGCGGAUAGGCCAGGGCCAAAAGAUAAAGGAAGAUUUAAAAGAAGUAAUGGAUACAUACUAAUUAGUGCAAAUGGUGGUCUCAAUCAACAACGAGUCGCCGUCUGCAAUGCGGUUGCAGUGGCAUCAUUACUCAAUGCAACACUAGUGGUCCCAAGAUUUUUAUAUAGCAGCGUUUGGAAAGAUCCAAGCCAGUUUGGUGAUAUAUAUCAGGAAGAGCAUUUCAUGAACACGUUGAAGGAUGAAGUAACCAUUACAAAGGAACUCCCUCAACAUCUAAGGUCCAUAGACCUUGAAGCAGUUGGCAGUGUUAUCACUGAUACUCAACUUGAGAAGGAGGCACAGCCAACUGAUUUUACAAGAGUCGUACUUCCUGUCCUUCUACAAAAUGGCGUUGUACAUCUUCUUGGAUUCGGAAACCGUUUUGGGUUUGAUCCAAUGCCUCACCACCUUCAGAAACUGAGAUGUAAAUGCAAUUUCCAUGCUUUGAAGUUUGUACCAAAAAUUCAAAAAAUUGGAUCACUAUUAUUAAGAAGGAUAAGAGAAUACAAUUCAUCGAGAAAUAGAAUAGACCGAGAACUGCUAGGAGACUUUAUGCCAAGUAAUGAUUCACAAAGAAAUGAUGUGAGCAAUAGUCCAAUCAAGUAUCUUGCUCUACAUUUGAGAUUUGAAGUUGAUAUGGUGGCUUAUUCCCAUUGUCAAUUUGGUGGAGGGGAAAGUGAGAGGAAAGAGUUACAAGCUUACAGAGAAACUCAUUUCCCAUUGCUCCUUCAACGACUCAAAAAUUUGAGGCCUGUGUCCCCUCAUGAAUUGAGAAUCUCUGGAAGAUGUCCCUUGACACCGGAGGAGGCAGGUCUUCUUCUUGCGGGCCUUGGUUUAGAGCGUGAUACUUACAUAUAUCUUGCUGGCUCUCAAAUAUAUGGUGGAAAGACAAGGAUGGAUCCUUUCACCAGCCUUUAUCCGAAUCUAGUUACCAAAGAAGAUCUUCUGACUCCCAGUGAACUUGAGCCUUUUAGGAAUUUUUCUUCUCAGCUCGCUGCACUGGACUUCAUUGCAUGUGCAACUGCUGAUGUUUUUGCCAUGACUGAUUCGGGAAGCCAACUAUCUUCAUUGGUAUCUGGAUUUCGUACAUAUUUUGGAGGUGGUCAUGCUCCUACAUUACGGCCAAAUAGAAAGAGGAUUUCUGCAAUAUUGUUGGAAAAUGACACCAUCGAAUGGAGCAGCUUUCAGCAAAGGAUAAAGAAAAUGUUUGAUGAAGGUCAAAAAGUUCAUGUGAGACGCUAUGGACAAAGCAUUUAUCGCCAACCUAGGAGUCCCGAAUGCAUGUGUAAAUCUCACUAGACUUCAUCCCUUCCCCUCUCUUUCGUACUUUCCGUCUUAUUUCUUAUAUAGGAUAAAGCAAAAGUACAGUCUACAAAUACAGAGUAGGAGGCAGAAAAAGUACAGUUCCUGUGAGUUUGCUCCAUAUAGCAUUACCUUUCCACAACGUGUCGUCGACAAGGGCAAACCCAUGGUUAGAAAGGAGAGUUUAGUAUCGAUUUUUUGACAUUCAUACAAGAUUAUUGAUGUAUAUGUAUCUGUUUUGUUGGUAUGAUUGAUCAAUUUAAAAUGAUGUUUUGAUUA